GGUACAUAUACAUUUUACUAAAUCGGUGUGGGUGGCAUUCUAUGUACUGCGCUGCACUGUAAGCUUUCCUGUCGUGCUCUCACUCUCACCAGCGAACCUCGUUCUCGUUCUUGCCACCAUCGGUACUGUAACUUUAGCUCCUUGCGUGCUGCAUCUUAAUCAUGGCUACCUCUCAACGACCACCCAGUACGGGAAUCAAGGUUAUCAUUGUUGGUGCCGGGUUCGCGGGACUGACUGCUGCCAUUGAGUGUCACCGAAAGGGACAUGAGGUCCUGGUCUUGGAGUCCUUUCCCGAAUUGAAACUACUAGGCGAUAUUAUCAGCUUUGCGCCCAAUUCGGGUCGUAUCUUCCAGCGUUGGGAGGGUGUUGAUGCCAAGCUUGAUCCAAUUAUCCACAAGAGUGGUGGAAUACUCUAUAAGAGUUGGAAAGGCGAGGAUAUAACACGUCAGACGUGGGGAGAAGAAGCGAAGAAGUAUGGAAAAGCAUACAAUGGUCAUCGAGGAGAAAUCCACGAGAUAGUAUAUGAACAUGCUAAGGAACUAGGGAUCGACAUUCGUCUAGGUCACAAAGUCCUUGACUACUUCGAGACUGAGACAGAAGCCGGUGUGAACGUCAACGGAGAGCGUUUCACGUGCGAUGUAGUCCUCGCAGCUGAUGGUGUUCGUUCCAAAGGACGAACCAUCGUUCUCGGGUACGAGGACAAGCCGAAGUCUUCUGGUUACGCCAUCUACCGCACUUGGUUCGAUUCCGCGGUAUUGGCUGACGAUCCAGAUACGGCAUGGAUGGUGACGAACGGUGACAAGCAUUGCGCUUGGUUGGGUCCUGAUAUUCAUUUCAUCGCUGCAUCCAUUAAGAAUGGACAAGACUUCAGCUGGGUUUGUACGCACAAGGAUGAAGCGGACGUGGAGGAGAGUUGGCAGGCGCAUGCUCCAUUGUCAGAUGCUCUGAGAGUCCUGGAAGGAUGGGAUCCGGUGGUGCAGAAAAUCUUGAAAGCUACCCCAGACCCACUGAUCGACUGGAAAUUGGUGUAUCGAGACCCCUUGCCAACUUGGAUUUCUCCGAAGCGAAGAAUUGCUUUGAUUGGAGACGCAGCUCAUCCUUUCCUACCAACUUCGAUUCAAGGAGCUUCUCAAGCAAUGGAAGACGGCGCUACCAUGGCAGUGUGCUUGUCAAGGAGUGGCAAAGCGCAUGUGCAAGAAGGAGUUGCGGCCUUUGAGGGACUAAGGUAUGAAAGGGUACGAGCUGCACAAAAGACUGGAGAGGACACCAGGAACCAAUGGCACAAAGCGGAUUGGGACGAGGUGAAGAAGAAUCCUGAAAGUAUGAAGCUAAAGCGAGAUGAUUGGCUUUUGAAUUUUGAUGCAGAGGAAUAUGCAGAGAAGAAUUACGCUGCUACUGUUGAAUUGCUCAAGGAUCCCGUAGCGGUCAGACAAUUGAAUGUGCCAAGCAUGACUCAAGUUGCUGCUUCUGCAUAGAUAGAACAAAGAAAUACAAAGUCGUAC